UUUAACGUAUUUAACACGAUCUUGCAAAUACAUGAAAACGGGGGGUAUAGUGGAAGAUAUCUCCAACAAACCCAACUGGCAAUGUGAACUGAGUUGGCAACAUCGGUGGGACAUGCAGAAACACCUGUGGGAUGUCAAAUUACAUUUCCUAAUUUAUUAACGACGUCCGGCUUUCAACUUCAAAUGGGUGCGCACCGAUCGAGAUAAUAAUGUAUAGCACGCAAUCAGAACGCCAGUUAUAAACCAGGGUAACGUGUUGUUGUUGCUGUUUUCACGCACUCCUAAGCAGGCUGGUAUUUCGGUGACUCCUGGCUAUCGGACAACAUCAAAUUUGAAUUGUUGUGAGUCAUCACGCACUACAAGGCGACGGAUGUCUUAAACCGAGGAGUGACAUCAGUAUACUAUAGAGCCAGUUCUUCGCGAAAUUCACUAGAAUAGCUUGGCAGCCAACUAUCACCUCGCUUCUGGUGCAUUUCAUCUGAAAUCCGACAGCCUUGGGGAUCCGCAGCUACGAUUUAGAGGCUCAGCCCCGCUCCAACGGGGGAGUGCGUUCAGCUAAUAUCAGUCAUUUCUCAUUGCUAGUAAAUCUGGGCAUUACAAGAUUAAAGACAGCAGCUUCAUGCAGAAUUUCCACCGGUAAGUCAUAACAGGGCUAAUUUUGAUCUUAAUACACAAGGAGCUGAGUAGAGAAUAAGCAGGAAAGCGCCUCCCAUUACACUUGUUUCAGCACCGAAGUUGUCGGACAGCUAUUUUUAAUGCGACUACUUCAGCGGACAAUUCCUGACCUGUUUUAUUAAAGGUCUGGAGUGAAGCGUUUGGACUUCCACCACAUGGAUUCACACGACUGAUCCGGUGUUUCUUCGUGUCAGUGCACAUUGUUCAUCACGAGUUCCGAUGUCUUAAGUAUGUAAUUACAUGUGUGUCAUUUCCAAACAUCCCUCCUUACUGAGUCACGAGAGCACUACAUUGUAACAAAAAGAAAGAAGCUCAUUAAAAUCGAGCGGAAUACACGGAAAGGAGCUAUUGUAAAUGCCGUCUUGAAGCUAUUGCCGCGUCUGCCGGAGGUGGACUGCCUUUAAUUUCAAAUCCCCGGCUGCCUAUUUGUCCAGGAAAUCACUGGCAGACUUAUGAAGAAUGAUACCUGGUUUCAUCCCAAUGCUACCGAGAGGAUUUACGCUAGAUGCCACAGAUGCAGCUACUCGCCAACUUUGAGAACUCUUUGCUCUCUGCUGCUUCAUGGAUCGCAUGACUUUCUUUACCAGACUGUUUCAUAAUUGCAUCUGUGUUCUGGUGACUGUGAGGAGAGGAAGUCAAAAUGAGCCGAACGCUUUGAAGGCCGGCGGUCAGUGGAGACAAGGAUUCUGAAAGCUCAAUUUUUGGUGGAGAUAUAGAAGAACAGUUGCUGUAGCUUUGUCUGGGCUGCCCUAUUAAAAAAAGACAACAAGAGCUUUUCUCUGGCCACAAUGCUGCCUAAUGCUUGGAAGCGCUGCUGCUCCUGCUGCAUCUUGUUGUGCCUGUUGGCUUAUUGCUUCAUUUCUUCUAUAGCAGCCAAGUCCAGAGCUCCAGGUCACACACACUUGAAUUCAAUCAGAAUAGACGGAGACAUCUCUUUAGGGGGUCUUUUCCCCGUUCACUCUCGGGGCAGUGAUGGAAAGGCCUGUGGGGAACUCAAAAAGGAGAAAGGCAUCCAUCGACUUGAGGCCAUGCUGUAUGCCCUCGAUCGGAUUAAUAACGACGCAGAGCUGCUCCCCAACAUCACGCUGGGGGCUCGCAUUUUGGAUACCUGCUCCCGGGAUACCCACGCGCUGGAGCAAUCACUUACCUUUGUUCAGGCGCUCAUUGAAAAGGACGGCACUGACGUCAAGUGCCUGAGUGGAGGGCCACCCAUUAUUACAAAACCAGAGAGAGUGGUGGGAGUCAUUGGGGCAUCUGCCAGUUCAGUGUCUAUAAUGGUGGCCAACAUUUUGCGACUCUUCAAGAUUCCCCAGGUGAGCUACGCCUCAACCGCCCCGGAGCUGAGCGACAACAGUCGCUAUGACUUCUUCUCAAGAGUGGUUCCACCGGACACCUACCAGGCUCAGGCCAUGGUGGACAUUGUCAAGAAGAUGAAAUGGAACUAUGUGUCCACAGUGGCUUCUGAAGGAAAUUAUGGUGAAAGCGGUGUGGAUGCCUUCAUCCAAAAGUCCCGUGAGGAUGGUGCAGUGUGUGUGGCACAGUCAGUUAAAAUCCCACGGGAGCCCAAAGCUGGAGAAUAUGACAAGAUUAUCCGGCGCUUGAUGGAAAAUCCCAAUGCCAGGGUUGUCAUUCUGUUUGCCAAUGAGGAUGAUAUUAGGAGACUCCUGGAAGCAGCCAAAAAGGCGAAUCAGACAGGCCAUUUUCUCUGGGUCGGGUCGGAUAGCUGGGGUUCCAAAAUAUCCCCAGUGCUACACCAGGAAGUGGUGGCAGAUGGAGCAGUUACCAUCUUGCCCAAGAGGAUGUCAGUCAGAGGGUUUGAUCGCUACUUUGUGAGCCGCACACUGGACAAUAACAGACGGAACAUAUGGUUUGCUGAGUUCUGGGAGGAUAACUUUCACUGCAAAUUGAGUCGGCAUGCUCUGAGGAAAGGAUCUGGAAUUAAGAAGUGCACAAAUCAUGAGCGGAUUGGCAAGGAUUCUUCCUACGAACAAGAAGGAAAAGUACAGUUUGUCAUUGAUGCCGUCUACUCCAUGGCUCAUGCCCUUCACAACAUGCAUAAACAACUGUGCCCAGGCAAAGUUGGACUCUGUUCCAAGAUGGACCCCAUAAAUGGCACAAUGUUGCUCAAGUUCAUUCGUAAUGUCAACUUUACAGGUAUUGCUGGGAAUCCUGUGCUCUUUAAUGAAAAUGGAGAUGCUCCAGGACGUUAUGACAUCUAUCAGUAUCAGAUGAAAAACAACACUACAGAGUACAAGGUCAUAGGCCAAUGGACUGAUCAACUGCACUUAAACAUGCAAGCAAUGCAGUGGCCUGGAGUUUCUGGCCAGGUCCCAGUCUCUAUCUGCAGCCAGCCAUGUCGCCCAGGGGAACGUAAGAAGAUUGUCAAAGGCAUCCCAUGCUGCUGGCACUGCGAGCGAUGUGAUGGGUACCAAUAUCAGGCAGACCGCUAUACCUGCAAGAUGUGUCCCUUCAACUUGCGCCCUAAUGAAAACCACACUGGAUGCCGGCCCAUUCCAAUUGUCAAGCUAGAAUGGAGUUCACCUUGGGCAGUAAUCCCAGUGUUCAUUGCAAUCCUUGGGAUCCUGGCAACUUUAUUUGUGGUGGUGACAUUUAUCCGCUAUAAUGAUACACCUAUUGUAAAGGCGUCUGGUAGGGAGCUGAGUUAUGUUCUGCUGACAGGUAUAUUUCUGUGUUAUGCCACCACUUUCCUUAUGAUCUCUACUCCAGAUGUUGGUAUUUGCUCCCUGCGGCGUAUUUUUUUGGGCUUGGGAAUGAGUAUCAGCUAUGCAGCUUUACUUACAAAGACCAACCGCAUUUAUCGUAUCUUUGAACAGGGCAAAAAGUCUGUCUCAGCACCACGCUUCAUUAGCCCAGCCUCACAGCUGGUCAUCACGUUCAGUUUAAUUUCUGUGCAGCUGAUUGGAGUUUGCAUCUGGUUUGGAGUGGACCCUUCACAAGCUAUCAUUGAUUAUGAGGACCAGCGUACAGCAAAUCCCGAAUUUUCCCGUGGAGUGCUCAAAUGUGAUAUCUCAGACUUGUCUCUCAUUUGCCUGCUUGGAUACAGCAUGUUAUUGAUGGUCACUUGUACCGUCUAUGCAAUCAAGACACGUGGCGUCCCAGAGACCUUCAAUGAGGCAAAGCCUAUAGGCUUUACUAUGUAUACUACUUGUAUCGUCUGGCUGGCUUUUAUUCCAAUUUUCUUUGGAACAUCACAGUCCACAGAAAAGAUGUACAUUCAAACCACCACGUUAACCAUUUCUGUGAGCCUGAGUGCCUCGGUCUCGCUGGGAAUGCUCUACAUGCCGAAGGUGUACAUUGUGCUUUUUCACCCUGAACAGAACGUGCCCAAGCGCAAGCGAAGUCUGAAGGCUGUGGUCACUGCUGCCACCAUGUCAAACAAGUUCACGCAAAAGGGCAGCUUUAGACCCAAUGGUGAAGCAAAAUCUGAGCUCUGUGAAAGUUUGGAAACGCAAUCUUUGGCUUCUAAGCAAACAUACAUCAGCUACAGCAACCAUGCGAUCUAACUGGAAUGCUCAAGGGCGCCAGAGCCAGACCUUACUGUGGAGAGCUCAUGAUGACCAGAAAUAAAUGUAAAAAAUUCAACAAUAAGGAGUAACGUGCAGUGGAACAAACAAACAAACAUACAAACAGAACUAAAGAAUAAAAGGAUUCAGGGUUGGAGGCACAGCCUUUUUAAAGUUACAAAAAGCUGGUGGAGGAACAAAAAAAAAGUCACUGGAGGUCAGAAGGUGGAAAGGAGUGCAUCAUAAAGAGUAGCAUUGGGUAGAAGCACAAGGUUCAAUGGCAACGGCAGGAGAUUUCUUUCUAACUGAGUCAGCUGUCCUUUCUGGGGUCAGCAAUACUGUUUGCAUGUAUAACUGAUGUUUCCCUGAAAUCUCUCUAGUUUAUGGCCUGUGCCAUUUUUUAAGGACAGAUGCUGGUCUGGAUGAAAGGGAGUAUCACACAAGGAGGCCAUCUGAGUUAAACAAGUUGGUAAAAUCAGUAUUGACAUCCAUGGACUUCACAGCGCAAGCCAGAAGCCGUUCAUCAGACAAACAAACAAAAAAACAACUCCCUCCUGGGAUCCCGCGUGUUUCAUUUUGUAAACCCUGGUAUUUGUGGCACAUUUAGAAAGCCAAUCAUGAAUAAACGCCAGGGGAACUUCCGAUACGGUCAGGGAUCUUAAUUUUGCCUUUCUUCCCAGUUGUUUGUUUGAGGUUAUUCUAGACUUACUGUACUUUGGGCCUCAUUUUCCCUCGAUUUGUGUGGGUGCGCUUUAAUCGCUGGGCACUAUCACUAUCAUGGCAUUUAAAAGUAACUCAAAAAUGAUUGCGGUAAUGCUACAGGAAUUUAGGUUGGGAUUUCUUUAAUGCACAGCUGUCUUUCCUGUACAUUAUCACUUAUAAAAACAACAAAACUUUGCACUGCUGCCCUGCAAUUAUCCACAGUAAAACUUUUAACAUUCCUUUAAUGUUUGUUAGCACUAGCCACCUGGUGACACUGCCGUCCAGAUCUUCUUCAGAACCGCUAGGCUAACGAAACUCAUGGUUUGAUGCGCUGACCUCCAAAAAAAACCCUCACUGCCGCCCACUCCA